AUGGAUAUCGACCCGACUAGAAGGAAUAAGAAACCACGGCUAUUGCUCGAGUCAGAACGUGAGCGCCUGGACGAGUUCGUCGAUUCUAUCCAUUACUCCGCAAGAUACUCGGACGACACAUUUGAAUAUCGUCAUGUGCAACUGCCGAAGAACAUGCUGAAGAAAAUCCCUUCCGACUACUUUGAUAGCUCAAAGGGAACAUUGAAAUUGCUGUGGGAGGAAGAAUGGCGAGCGCUUGGCAUUACACAGAGCUUGGGUUGGGAGCACUAUGAGGUGCAUGAACCAGAGCCUCACAUUCUUCUUUUCAAGCGCCCUUUAAAUUAUCAACCACCCAUGACGCAAUAG